AGCUGUAUCUCACAUACGGAGGAGCUAGGCCUUAACGGCCUUGAAUUUUAUUCAAAACACGACAGCGUGCAACUGUCUGAAAUGUAUCUGUCCUGAAAGACGCUUCUUUAGAGUCAUGAAACUGUUGAAACCUAACUGGAUCAGCCACUCAGGCAAUCCAAUAUUCUGUGUUGAUAUUCAUCCUGAUGGAUCAAGAUGUGCAACAGGUGGUCAAGUUGAUGAUACAGGAAGAAUUUUUAUGUGGAACAUGGCUCCUGUGGUUGAUGCUCAAGUAGAAGAAGAUGAAAAUGUUCCAAGAAUGUUGUGUGUCCUUGAUAACCAUUCAGGCUGUGUUAACUGCCUCAGAUGGUCUAACAGUGGUAAAUACUUAGCUUCAGGUGCUGAUGAUAAGUUUAUAAUGAUUUGGCAGCUUGGGAGAGGAUUUGGCUCCUCCACAGUAUUUGGGUCAGGUGGCACCAUUGUCAACAUUGAGCAUUGGAGAUGUGCCCAUAUUUUAAGAGGGCACAGUGGCGAUAUUCUAGAUAUUGCCUGGUCACCAGAUGAUCGUUUUCUUGCUUCUGGCAGUGUUGAUAAUACUGUUAAUAUCUGGAGUGCAGAAAAAUUUCCAGAUCUCAUUACUACUUUAAAAGGACAUCAAGGACUUGUUAAAGGAGUCACAUGGGAUCCAGUGGGAAAAUACUUUGCCUCACAGUCAGACGAUAAAACGAUGAAAAUCUGGCGGACAUCCGACUGGAAGCUUGAAGCCAAAGUGGUAGAACCAUUCGAUGAAUGUGGAGGAACAACGCACGUGCUUCGUCUAAACUGGUCCCCUGAUGGCCAAUAUGUUGUUUCUGCACAUGCAAUGAAUAAUGGCGGGCCGGUGGCAAAGAUUAUCGAGAGGGAUGGAUGGAAGGGUCGGAUGGAUUUUGUUGGCCACAGGAAAGCAAUUACUUGUGUGAGAUUCAACUCGAGAUUGUUUACGAAACCGAGUCCCAAUGACCCAUCCAAGUUCAAGCAAUACGCGUGUUGUGCAAUCGGUAGCAGAGACAGAUCAUUGUCAAUAUGGUUGACAUCGCUUAAACGACCAUUGGUCGUCACUCAUGACUUGUUCCAGAGUUCUAUUAUGGAUUUGUCAUGGAGCCGAUGCGGGUACCGUCUCUUGGUGUGCUCGUUAGAUGGCACGCUUGCUUACCUUGAUUUCACUGCAGCUGAACUCGGGAAGGCAAUGACUGAUCAAGAAAAGCUUUCGUACCACAAACAGACGUAUGGUACUAGCAUAGUGUCAUCAAAAAGCAAUUUUGCUGCUUCGAUCAUUGAAAACCCGGAAGUUCUUGAAGUACACCAGCAACAACAGCAACAAGAACGGUUGCGAAAAGCAUUUUUGGCUCAACAAUCGUUGCUGAACUCGCCUUCGCACAGUAAAAUAAGCUUCCCAAAUGCUUCGCAGAUUACAUGGAAGUCCUCAGAUGGACAAAAUCUAUCAAAGGCUGGAAGUUUCACGAGUGGGUCAACUGAUAACAAAGAAGCUGCAAUGAUGGUACUCAAGCAGCAAAAAGAAACAAGAACUAAAGAUGGGCGCCGGAGAAUUACCCCAUUAAUGAUAGCAUCCCCACUUGAUCUAAGUGACAGCGAAUUUCCUUCAACUGCAGACGUCUAUGCUCCAAACGUCCAACUUCAGGAAAGUGACUCCAAUUUGGCACACAUGCUGAAGAGUGCACCAACAGUGCAACGGCCGCAGUCUGUGGGAACCACAACAUCCAUUACAUCGGUAAAUCAGAAAGCACAGCCCAGAUCGUCCACUCCAAAUAAAAAGGGUCUUGACACCACGCAACCAGAUUUAACAACAACUACAGCAACACAGAAUCUGACUGCCACUCCGAAACGUAAAGGGGAUAGUGUUUCCCAGACAACGCCUGCUAAAAGAGGAAGAAAAGAAAAGGAUAAAACCAAAGAAAAACAAAAUAAAGAUGAUUCUUUUAUGUUGCUCAAAUCCCGAGAGGACAAACUGCCUGAGCAUGCGCAGACAGGCACAUCAAGACCCUCCAGCCCAGGUUUGGUACUCCAACCCCCCAAAGUCGAAAAGCAUUUGUCUUUAAGGACUACUGAAACCAAGGGAAAAUCAGAACAAGAGGAAAUUGUUUUUGAGAUUGAUAACAACAUACAAGCACCAGGGGCUUCUUCAAUACACAUCUUACGUUGCACAAAGAAAGAGACGACCACUUGGGAAGCUUAUUUAACGAGUCCUGCAACUGCUUUGGCUUGCAGCGAGCUCUUCGUUUGUGUUGCUUGUCAAAACAAAUCAUUGCAUGUUUUUUCAAAGCAGGGUCGAAGAAUCAUGCCUACAAUGGUGCUGUCCUCUCAAAUAGCUAUAUUACAAUGCAGCUGUAAUUUCAUGUUCGUUGUUACUGCAUCAAGUUACGUCAGCGUUUGGGAUGUAACGAAACGCGAAGUAAAGAUAGCAAAAGAGCCAAUACAUCAUCUUAUCAAAGGAACGAGUAUUAAUCGGACAUUCAUCACAGAGACUGGAGUCCCAAUCAUUUCACUGCAAGAUUCAAGCUCGUAUGCCUUUUCUGAGUCACUUAACACUUGGAUCCAAAUCUCAAACAGCGAAGAUCCAUUACAAUCCGCGUCUACGUACCAUGGAUCUGUGCCAGGAAAAAAACCAAGUGGAAUGCUAACUUUCGUCCAAUCCUCUUCGGACAGGUUAAUGCGGCCAACUGCCCAGAAUUUGCGAAUGAACUCAAGCAAACAGCAGUCUUGCACGAUAAGUCAUUUAGAGAAUCAGCUUUGCUCAGCUUUGGUUUUAAGAUCUUCAGAAGAAUAUCAGUUUUGGUUCAUGACUUACGUUCGAUAUCUCGUGCAGUCAGGUGAAGAGCAACGACUAAGAGAACUUUGUGAAGAUCUUAUUGGCCCAUGCCAUCGUAAAAGCGAAAUCUGCAGGGAAAAUUCAUGGCAGCCAAAAAUAUUGGUUUUUAGAAAACGAGAUCUUCUGCAAGAUAUCCUGCCAAUAAUUGGUUCCAAUCUAAGAUUUCAAAGACUAUACACGGAGUUUAAAGAACAGGUUGAAUAUCUCAACAAGAGAUGACAUUGAGAACACUAAUUAUCAUACAAUCGUCAUUGUUUUGUAAUAUUUGUACAUUUUCAUUCUGUAAAAUUUUUUCCCCAUUUAUAAGUCAAUUGUUUUAUUCUCUCUAGGUAUCCUGUUAUUUUCGCCCUGAGGCUAAAUUAAUUCAAAUCUAAGGCUUUGAGCCUUUAUAUGAAAUGAUAUACCUGAUAUUUAUAGAUUUUUUCACCUAUAACGGAAGGCUAUAGGUAAUAAGUAUCUAUAAAAACCCUUGAUGUUUGCAAGAUACAAAGUUAUAUAAUCCCACAUUCUGUUCUUUGGAAACUUAUAAAAAACUGUUCUUUGCCGAAUGAUAUGUUGUAUUUGGAACCCGUAAAAUAAUAUUUCCAUUGACGUCAUAUUGUAAUCGGUGAUGACGAAGUAAACUUAAAAUUUGUACACAAAGUUCCAUUGAGGCACUUUGUCUCAAUUGAAAUGUCAUGGUUAUCGAUCACGCAUUUUAAACAUAUAUCCAAUUUUGCUACGAUCAGACAGACAAACACUGAUAAAAAACCUAAUUUUGUACAUGUCAACUGUUGUUAAAUUAAAACUACUUCCUAUUCGAGAAGCCACUCGCUGAUAAUAACCCCGCAAAUACUGAGAAAAUCAACAAUUGACCAGUAAUCAGUAAGGAUGGAAUGAAAAAGGAUCAAAGAGUCGCAUGCAAUAAUCACUUAAUCACGAAAAAUCAAACAGUAAAAAGGUCAGGGUGGUCAUAAGGGUGAAUUGAUGGAAUGUGACGGGAGAAUGUUCAGACACCUACAAUUGAAGUUUUUGAAAAUAAUAGAAAAAUAUGUCAUUGGAUUUCAUAAAUAUUAUCAAGAGCUAAUCAAACCACAGAAAGUUGUUGUCCAUGUUUUCGAAUCCUGUGCAGGUAAGGAAGGAAAACUGUCCUUUUCUGCUUGGACAGAUCGCUUGUCUUCUUUUUAUUUAGCACCUAAGAAAGUUGUCCGAAACAUGUCAAAUCAUACACUACGUUAAGCCUAACUAUUUGGAUAUCAAGAGCAAAUUCCUCUAAUUGACCGCUGGCAUACGUUGUCUUAUCGACCCAUUAUUCAUUUGUUUACUAAACAGCAACAAAACAUCUUUAAAAGUCGCUUUGCUGAUUCUUUCGUCCUCGCUGCCUUCAAAAACUUUUGUUAAGUGUUUUAUGAGAUGCGUCCCUAAUUUCAAUUUGCAAACGCAAAUAAUUAUAUUCCAUAUCUGGAACAGAAACACACUUUACUAAUAUCCCUCCCUUAUACGUUGAUUGGCUUAGGCCGAGCUACUUGUGCAUUGAUUGGUUUCGACCAAGCUAUUUGUUCAUUGAUUGGCUAAAACGGAGCUCUUUGUUCGUUGAUUGGCUAAGACCGAGCUACUUGUGCAUUGAUUGGUUUCGACCAAGCUAUUUGUUCAUUGAUU